AUGAGACUUUUGAGCAAAAAGCAAAUUGCUCAAUACAAUGGGUUUUUAGAGAUGAUCAAAAAGCUUUAUGUAGACAUUCCUUUCCUUGAGGCUUUGGCUAAAAUGUCUAGAUUUGCCAAGUUUCUCAAAGGACUCCUGCUCAAUAAGAAGAAAAUUAAGGAUCUUUCGAUAGUUACAUUGAGCGAGGAAUGUUUUGCGAUGAUCUCAAACAAACUUCCCACUAAGAUGCCUGAUCCAGAAAAUUUCACUAUUCCUUUUGAGAUUGAGAGUUUUGAGUUUAGAAGUGCCUUAGCCGACCUAGGAGCUAGUAUUAAUGUGAUGUCUUUUUCUGUGUUUAAGAAGCUUAACCUAGGAGAGGCUACCCCUACCUACAUGAAUGUUCAAUUCGAGGAUCGUUUGGUGAAGUUUCCUAGGGGUAUAAGUGAGAACGUGCUGGUGAGAGAGUAG